AAAAAGGUUCCAUGGAAUAACCUGGUAAAGACAUGAGAAGAGCUGACGUGAAUGAAAAGGUUUCCUUACUAGCCAUGUGGAAACAAGAGUAUCAAGGGGACAGACUAUGCUCUGUUAAACGUUUGAUGAAAGAAGCAGCAGAACUGAAAGAUCCAACAGAUCAUUAUCAUGCUCAGCCUUUAGAGGAUAACCUUUUUGAAUGGCACUUCACAGUUAGAGGGCCCCCAGAUUCUGACUUUGAUGGAGGAGUUUACCAUGGAAGAAUAGUACUGCCACCAGAGUAUCCCAUGAAACCACCAAGUAUUAUUCUCUUAACGGCUAACGGACGAUUUGAAGUGGGCAAGAAAAUCUGUUUAAGCAUCUCAGGACAUCAUCCUGAGACUUGGCAGCCUUCAUGGAGUAUAAGGACAGCAUUACUAGCCAUCAUUGGGUUUAUGCCAACAAAAGGCGAGGGAGCCAUAGGUUCUCUAGAUUACACACCUGAGGAAAGAAGAGCACUUGCAAAAAAGUCACAAGAUUUCUGUUGUGAAGGAUGUGGGUCUACCAUGAAGGAUGUCCUGUUACCUUUAAAAUCUGGAAGUGACUCAAGCCAGGCUGACCAAGAGGCCAAGGAACUGGCCAGACAAAUUAGUUUUAAGGCAGAAGUCAAUUCAUCUGGAAAGACUGUCACUGAGGCAGACUUAAACCACUCUUUUUCACUAAAUGAUUUACAAGGUGAUAUACCUGCAACAUUCCAAGGUGCCACAGCUAGUACAUCGUAUGGAGCCCAGAAUCCCUCAGCACCAUCCUUUCAACAGCCAACCCAACCUGUAGCUAAGAGUACCUCCAUGAGCCCUCGACAGCGCCGAGCCCAGCAGCAGAGUCAAAGAAGGUCGUCUACUUCACCAGAUGUAAUACAGGGCCCACAGCCAAGAGACAACCACACUGAUCACGGCGGAUCAGCUGUACUGAUUGUCAUCCUGACUUUAGCAUUGGCAGCUCUUAUAUUCCGACGAAUAUAUCUGGCCAAUGAGUACAUAUUUGACUUUGAGUUAUAAUAUUGUUUCAUGACUUAAGAGCUGUGACUCAACUGCUUCAUUAAACAUUCUGCAUUGGGUAUAAGGAUUGUUUACAAAAAAGAUCAUUUUAUAUUUACCUUUCAUUCCUUUUUUGAUCCUUAUAAAUUCAAUAUAACUGUGCUAGACAUUGAGACUAUGUCCAGCAGUGGGUCCUGCUUAGUGUAAGGGAUUAGAACGCAGAAGAUCCUUGUUUCACUGUUGAUAUGUUUCAAAAGGACAUAACUUGUUGUUUCUCACACCUCAGCUUUUUUUAUGUAAAUUUAUGACACUUUUCUGUGCAGCCCUUUGAACUUUUGGAUAAAAGAUGGUAUUUUAAGUUCCAA